GUAUUCCCACGCAUAGAGAGACGUAUAGUAUGUGAUUUUAUCCGCAUGUAAUCAAGGUUCGAAAUUAUUCUCUGGUUUAACUAUGUUCCAGUCCCCCGACCAUCCUUUCAAGGAAACAUAGUCCAAAGGUUGUAAUGUAAUUGGGGGACCCUGCUGUAAUAACUAACUAUACACAUAAUGCCUUUGUAUUGCAGCCGAUGGAUUAAAGAGAGCAGGUUUGUACGGGAUUAAAUAGACUACAGACAGAUGUUGAUGCAGCACAACGACGCUUUUGUCUAUCUAUCAACCGUCAUUGAGCCAGAUAUGACUGAUUAACAACAGUGAUUUAAGGAGUUUAUCAUUCGUGAUAAAGAUGUAAACUGUGUAGAGCUGAGAGUGAAUAUUUCAUUCAUGUCUGGGUGUAAAACAUGUGCUCGGCUGGGUAACGCCACGGCAUCCACGUUGCCAUUAGGCUACAGUAGUGACAGCCAUAGACCGCGAGCAUGCUGAUGAUGCUGGUCAUCGGGAUACAGAACUCCCUGAGAGCAUCCAUAAACCAUAAAUACCGAGCAUCCAUAUACGGAAAUUGAAACACUGAUGUGUCAGAUACAAAAUGAUUAGGUAAGGAUCCGGUGUGAGAGAUGGCGUCUGCAGCGUACGUAGAGGAACUGACCUGUUCUGUGUGUCUCUCUCUCUUCACUGAUCCAGUCAGCCUCUCCUGUGGUCACUCAUUUUGUCGACAAUGUUUUACAAACUUUCGGAGAACACAAAAUCUGUGUCCUCAUUGCCGGGCUAGAAUCUCAACAGCUGAGGGAAAUCUCUCAACCAACCAUAUUCUGAAGAGCUUGGCUGACAAAGCUAAAGAGGAAGCACUACGCAACAAGAAGACAAGGGGGACUGAAUGGUCGUGUCGAGACCAUGACGAGAAACUGAAACUAUUCUGUGAGACAGACCAACAGUUGAUUUGCGUCAUAUGCCGGGACGGGGAGAAGCAUGACGGGCAUAAGUUUAAACCUAUCAAAGAGGCAGCCUUAGCUAGGAGGAGGGAACUAGAUGAGGCCCUUCAGUUCCUCACUAGUGACAACAGCUCCGUGGAGCACCUGGCCAAACAACAGGAAAAAGAGAUGAAAAAAACCAAGACUAAGUCCUGUCAGCUGAGGACUCAAAUCAGCAGCCAGUUUGAAGAGAUGCACCAGUUUCUGAAGAAGAGGGAAGAUCAGAUAAAGAAUGAGUUGCAGGAGAAAGAAGAGAAGACCUUGACGAAGAUGAGAGGGAAUUUAGAGAGUAUGGAGUUGAUUCUGUCAGAGAGGAAAGAGAAGGAGGCGAUGAUGAAAUCUGCUCAGGACAUCCCAGACAGUGAGGGUUUCCUGCAGUGGUGGAAUGAACGGGGCUUGUCUGAGGUGGAGGCACUAAAGAACAGGGACAUGACACCACCAGAACUUCAUGGGGAGAACACGACUGAGACGCAAGGAGCCACCAAGGAGCGUCCAUACAAGUCCAGGGUGGAUGACCUAAAGGUGACACCUGUCUCCCUCUCUCUGGGGCCCUAUGAGUCUCACCUGCAGUUCUUUGUGUGGAAGGAGAUGCUGCAGGUAAUCAAUCCUCUACCAGAGAGACUAAAACUACAAACAGUGAGUCAGAAACUGACUAUCUCCAAUGACAGACGCAGUGUGUUUUGUACUCCCAGAAAUGCGGAAUCAGCUCAUUCAGCUCGACAUCAAUCACAACAAUCAAAAUUACUGAGUAACAGUAAGUUCAGCACUGGACAACACUGCUGGGAAAUAGAAGUGGGAAGUGGGGCUUUCUGGGAACUGGGAGUUAAAAAAACUUCAGGGGUUUUUUGGUUGAAACUUUUUGGUUCAAAAACAAUGUGUCUCAGGUAUAGAAAUCAAAAAUAUACUGUUCACGGUAUGGGUAACGAAAAACAAAUCCUUUUAAGAGAUACACCUCGAAAGAUAGCUCUAUACCUAAGUUGUGCAACCAAGGAACUCUCUUUCUACAAUGCAGAUGACAUGUCGCUUAUCUGUACUCUAGUCUGUUAUUGGGAAGACGUGUCAGCCUAUUUCAACAUUGGUGAAUGUGAUGGAGUAGAUUCUGACCCCCUGACAGUCUGCUGGUAUUGAUCUGCUUAACAUAGACUCCCUGACAGACUGGUAUUGAUCUGCUUAUCAUAGACCCCCUGACAGACUGGUAUUGAUCUGCUUAUCAUAGACCCCCUGACAGUCUGGUAUUGAUCUGCUUAUCAUAGACCCCCUGACAGUCUGGUAUUGAUCUGCUUAUCAUAGACCCCCUGACAGACUGCUGGUAUUGAUCUGCUUAUCAUAGACCCCCUGACAGACUGCUGGUAUUGAUCUGCUUAUCAUAGACCCCCUGACAGUCUGCUGGUAUUGAUCUGCUUAUCAUAGACCCCCUGACAGACUGCUGGUAUUGAUCUGCUUAUCAUAGACCCCCUGACUAUCUGGUAUUGAUCUGCUUAUCAUAGACCCCCUGACUAUCUGGUAUUGAUCUGCUUAUCAUAGACCCCCUGACAGACUGGUAUUGAUCUGCUUAUCAUAGACCCCCUGACAGACUGGUAUUGAUCUGCUUAUCAUAGACCCCCUGACAGACUGCUGGUAUUGAUCUGCUUAUCAUAGACCCCCUGACAGACUGGUAUUGAUCUGCUUAUCAUAGACCCCCUGACAGUCUGGUAUUGAUCUGCUUAUCAUAGACCCCCUGACAGACUGGUAUUGAUCUGCUUAUCAUAGACCCCCUGACUAUCUGGUAUUGAUCUGCUUAUCAUAGACCCCCUGACAGACUGCUGGUAUUGAUCUGCUUAUCAUAGACCCCCUGACAGUCUGGUAUUGAUCUGCUUAUCAUAGACCCCCUGACAGUCUGGUAUUGAUCUGCUUAUCAUAGACCCCCUGACAGUCUGGUAUUGAUCUGCUUAUCAUAGACCCCCUGACAGUCUGGUAUUGAUCUGCUUAUCAUAGAUCCAGUCACAUCAAAGUAAAACAAUCUACAAGUAAUUUUGAUACACAAAGUGGCAGAAAUGUGAUAUUGGUCAUGGAUUGAUCAGAAUCAAAGGGAGUUUUGACAUGCCUCUCUAAAUGCUUUAGUUAAACACACAUCAUAGUGUCUCACAUUUUAUUUAUGCCACCUGUACAUUUACUUUUAAACCUUUAACUUUUCAAAAAUCCAUUAAGGGAAUUACUGAAUGACACUAGGGGGCAGACGUUUUGAUGAGGAUUCUGAUUUUACAUUGAGUUAAGGAGAUUUUACAUCAACACAACCCUGUGAUAUAAACAGUGUGUGUGUUUUGGGUUUAACUCUUUACUAUCUUGUAAAUAUGCAUUUUUGUACAAAUAUCAAAUUAUUUCAUACUUGUUGACUUGUGUUUUUAUAAUGAACAAUGUCUAUUUUAGAUUAGGGUGAGGCUUUUCAUAAGGUUGAUCAUCUUCCUCACCUUCACAUAUUUAUUAUAGCUUGUGUGCAGAGAACUUGACAAAUAAAAUGGUCUAUUGUUUUACCCUGA